AGAUGGCGAUGAGCGUCUUUCAGGUGAUGAUUCUCCGUGACGUAUAAUGGACUGGACGGACGCUUCUUCAUGAACAACAAGGCGCCAACUCUUUCGACCACGUCGGUAGCUUGCUAGCCAACAUAAAAGUGAAAGAUUGACGCUUUAGACCAUCUUAAUGUUCGUGAUCUAAUCUCAGUGUUUUAAACACAGUUCUGUUGACGUAUUAACUGGUUAACUGUACCUUAAUUUGCAAACUUGUUAAAGAUUUAUGCUGAGCCUAGCACUAGGCUAGACGCUAAUGCUAGCUAGCUAGAUAACAUCCCUGACCAUGAGUUCACUAAACUACUCCUCCCUUGCUAAUGAAGAGGAGGUCUGCUGUUUGGAGAAAGAAUCUUGCAGAAUGAAAAAGGAGGAAGAGGAGGCUGUUAUAGUGAAAGAAGAGAAAGAACCGUUUAUAGAGGAAGAGGAUGCUAUCUCAAUAAAGGUGAAGGAGGAAGACGUUUUGGGAGUGAAAGAGGAAGAGACAGAAUAUCAGAUUAACACCAGCUACUGUUUGGGCCGUAGCACACGCCAAAUAGAUGACAGAUAACCCACAAGCCAAUCGUGACCUUCUCUUGUGAAGCCCAGACGUAAGAGCGAGAGAACAAAGGCUGAACCUGGUCUUAACUUCCAAUGCUCCACCCCCCUGCCCAACCCCCCUCCACGCCACUCCGCCAACCACCAGGAUGCCCGGCAUCAGAACAUUCCAGGCAUUCCCGUGAUUGGCAGAUAGCAGGUUGAUUGACAUGUCGGACCCCGCGAACACCGGGUACUGGAGAGAGACAUGACUAUCGUGGAUCCUCUGGGGAGCCUCAACAACAUCCUGAUGCUGACGAGGCAGAGGAGAGUCUCUCCGGAUCAGAACACCAGAUGGACAACGCUAGCCCUUCCUCCCUCCUGGAGUCCCAGUGUCGUGCCUCUCCCGGUAGCACCUUACUGCUGGGUAUGAAGAGGUUGUCUGUGCUGCUGGUGGACUGCAGGAAAACAACGGGGCUGAGUGGAACUGUGGGAGGAGGAGAAGAGAGGAAAGGAUCAGAUUUGACUCCAAGAGAAAGACCAGACUCAGAGGAACCAGAGCCAGGGACGUCCAAACCAGCAAGACGACACCAGUGCUCCCACUGUGGAAAGAGUUUUAACCAGAAAGUACACCUGAAAGCUCAUGAGAGAAUACACACAGGGGAGAAGCCUUACCACUGCUCCCAAUGUGGACAGUGUUUCGUUCAAAAAGCACACCUGAAAGCUCAUGAGAUAAUACACACAGGGGAGAAAUCUUACCACUGCUCCCAGUGCAGGAAGAGUUUCAACCGGAAAACAUCCCUGAAACUACAUGAGAGAAUACACACAGGAGAGAAGCCUUACCACUGCUCCCAGUGUGGAAAGCGAUUCAACCAUUCAGGGACGCUGAAACAGCAUGAGAGAAUACACACAGGAGAGAAGCCUUACCACUGCUCCCAAUGUGGAAAGAGUUUUAAGAAUUUAGGGAACCUGAAACUACAUGAGAGAAUACACACAGGAGAGAAGCCUUAUCACUGCUCCCAAUGUGGAAAGAGUUUUAACAAUUUAGGGAACCUAAAACAACAUGAGAGAAUACACACAGGAGAGAAGCCUUACCACUGCUCCCAAUGUGGAAAGUGUUUCGUCUGUUCAGGGGAGCUGAACCAACAUGAGAGAAUACACACAGGAGAGAAGCCUUACCACUGCUCCCAGUGUGGAAAGAGUUUCAGCUGGAAAGCAAGCCUGAACCAACACGAGAGAAUACACACAGGGGAGAAGCCCUACCACUGCUCCCAGUGUGGAAAGAGUUUCCGCCGGAAAGCAAGCCUGAACCAACACGAGAGAAUACACACAGGAGAGAAGCCUUACCACUGCUGCCAAUGUGGAAAGUGUUUUGUCUGUUCAGGGGAGCUGAAACUACAUGAGAGAAUACACACAGGAGAGAAGCCUUACCACUGCUCCCAGUGUGGAAAGAGUUUCAACCGGAAAGCGUGCCUGAAACUACACGAGAGAAUACACACAGGAGAGAAGCCUUACCGCUGCUCCCAGUGUGGAAAGAGUUUCAACCGUUCAGGGACGCUGAAACAACAUGAGAGAAUACACACAGGAGAGAAGCCUUACCACUGCUCCCAGUGUGGAAAGAGUUUUAAGAAUUUAGGGACCCUAAAACUACAUGAGAGAAUACACACAGGAGAGAAGCCUUGUCACUGCUCCCUGUGUGGAAAGAGUUUUAACAAAUUAGGGAACCUAAAACAACAUGAGAUAAUACACACAGGGGAGAGGCCUUACCACUGCUCCCAGUGUGGAAAGUGUUUCAUCCGGUCAAAGGAGCUGAAACAACAUGAGAUAAUACACACAGGGGAGAAGCCUUAUCACUGCUCCCAGUGUGGAAAGAGUUUUAACAAUUUAGGGAACCUGAAACGACACGAGAGAAUACACACAGGGGAGAAGCCUUUCCACUCCUCACAGGGUGCAAAGCUUUUGCCCAUUUAGGAAGCCUGAAAGAACACAUGAGACUGCACACAGCGGACAAUGCUUACAAAAGGUCAGACUGUGGGAAAACAUUUUACUCAUAACAGUCACUUAAACGUCUUUAGAGAAUCCACACAGGAGAGAGAAAUUACUUCUCUUAGCGUGUAUAUUGAUAUUUCACAUCACAUUGACUUAAAAUUCAUCAGAGAACAUACACAGUGCUCCCGUUGUCUUAUAUUGUUGACUGACAAUGUGUUUACCUGUCUUUACCAGAUGAAAUUAAAUGGUACAGGGUAUACUCAAACAUAUAUUUGUUUGUUUUUAUUAGAAAACAUUAAUUGAAUAUGGAGUAUGUCAGUUUGAAUAUAAAGGAGAUCAGGUUCCUUCUUUUAAAUUGUCCUUUUUUAAACUCUUUGUGUGUUUAUCUGGGUGUGUCAUUCCUCCAGCACUACAGAUAAUCAAGUGAUAUUUGGAUGUGAUGCAUUAGUUCCAUUGUUGACAUCUGCAUUGUAGCCCACUGAUGAUUUAAUGACAUGAAAAUGUUCAGACUCUGUAAUGGAAAAUGUUAAUUGUUUGUGUGUCCACAUAACUGAGUAUGUGACUAACCUUGUGAAACUGUCCUAUUAUAAUCUCCUGUUCUUGGGAGUAUCAUUCUGUGUUGCAAACCAAUUUGCACCUGUGUCCUUGUAUGAAUAAAGUCCCACCCAGGAACAGGAAACUAUAAAGAUAUGUGCUCAUCACCCAAUGCUUCAGGAAUUCAGACUGUCUACACUGCGCUGUGUAACUCUGUUAUUCUCUCUGAGCUCAGAAAUAAAGAAUCUUGGUUUGA